GUGAAGGUUCAACGGUUCGUGCACUACCCGGCUACCGAUGAUCCGUUGGACCGCUUCAAUGCCUACGUUCGAGGGGUCCUUCGAGACAUUGUCAUGAUGCAGAUUGGCGAUGAAAUCCACGUACCGUGGCCAUUGUGUCUGACGGCCUGCCUACCGAUGAUCCUCUACUCAGCUGUGAACGUGCUGGGCUGUGACAACGGCUCUUGCGAGGAAUCUGCGCGGCUGGCAGGUUGGUCCUCAGCGCUACAAUACAUUCUGGCCCAGACGUUGGGCUGGGUACUCGUCAUAUUGCUGACAUUCCCACUGACCUAUCCUGUGAUGCUCCGCAUGCUUAGAUGUAUUCUGUCGUUUGGCGAUGCCCCGGUGCAGCGCUGCGCGGCUUUCUUGUGUUGCUUCCUGGCUUAUGAGUACACCUAUAUGUGUGGUGGCUUGAUCUGGGGCGCCUGGUUUGCUGUUGCGCCAGACUACUCCCCAACUCAGCUCAUUUUUUUCCUGCUGGUGGUGAUCUUGAUGGUCGUCCA